GAGUAACUGCAGUCCUUGAAGAAUGAGAAUCGUGGAAACAGACAAUGUUCCAGGACUAAUUUUCCCUGACAGAAGUCUGUAGUCCUUCAGGUGGAAAUUCAGAGAGACGGCUGCUUUAUCCACCUUCUCUGCUGAUUGUAACAUCAAUGGGAAGGGAAUGACAGAGCGCAUUCACAGCAUCAACCUUCACAACUUCAGCAACUCUGUGCUUGAGACACUAAAUGAGCAACGAAACCGGGGCCAUUUCUGCGAUGUGACCGUCAGAAUCCAUGGGAGCAUGCUCAGAGCUCAUCGCUGUGUGUUGGCUGCUGGUAGUCCCUUCUUCCAAGACAAACUUCUUCUGGGCUACAGUGACAUUGAGAUCCCAUCUGUAGUCUCAGUGCAGUCUGUUCAGAAGUUGAUUGAUUUCAUGUACAGUGGAGUCCUCCGAGUAUCCCAAAGCGAAGCCUUACAAAUCCUCACAGCAGCCAGCAUACUGCAGAUCAAAACAGUUAUCGAUGAAUGCACCCGUAUUGUCUCUCAAACAGUGGUGAGCAGUGGUUACUCUACAACAAGGGACUCAAACCAAGUAACACCACGAGGAACGCCAGAAUCUGGUUCAUCAGGUCAGAGUAGUGAUACUGAAUCUGGCUAUGUACAAGCCCACUCCCAGCGUAAUGUUGAAAGAAUUUAUUCCUCCCUUUAUGCCUGCUCUGGAAUGCCAGUACAAAAUGGCACAGGAGAGAGAUCCCACUACAGUGCUCCAGUGAUUAGCCAUCACAGCACACAGCUAGUUAUGCAGAGAGAAGAGAAUCUAACUGAUCCAGCCUGGAUAACAAGAAUACAAGAACGAACGCAGCAGAUGGAGAGAUAUCUUUCCACUCCGGAAACUACACAUUGCCGCAAGCAACCACGACCAGUUCGCAUCCAAACUAUUGCGGGCAAUAUCCACAUCAAGCAAGAGGCUGAAGAUGAAUAUGAUUACGAUUACUAUGGGCAACAGAAAAGAAACACUUCAGAGCAAAAUGAAUCUGAAGAGUGCAAUGAUGAUACUGACCAAGCUGAAGGUACGGAGAGUGAGCCAAAAGGGGAAAGCUUUGACUCUGGUGUUAGCUCUUCCAAUGGGACUGAAACAGAUCCAAUUGACCAACAGUUCAUUGCUGGCAUAAGCAGAGUGGGACAAUCAGAUGCAAGAUUAACUGAGCAGAAUGAACUUCCUGCUGAAGACAGCCAGCAGCCUAGCAGUGUGAAUCCUUCUUCCCCAGAUAAGGUUUAUGAAAAUGAAAUGGACAUCACAGGGCCUGAAAAUAGUGAUGGAAACAUUACAAAUGAAAAAGAAUUGCAACAAGCUGCAAUCAACUCUGUGAUUUCAGUGACACAAAGCACUCAGCCUCUGGCAACUACUCAGCUUUAUCUGAGGCAAUCAGAUACCCUAGCCACCAAUUUGAGAAUGCCACUGACUUUAACCAGCACUACUCCAGUCAUUGGCACUGCUGGGAGUACGUACAUACCAACACUUUUUACCACUCAGAGCACUACCAGUGGCAAACUGUUUCAGUUCACCUUGCCACAACCACUGACAAGCCAACAAACACAAUUUAUAACCGUUCCUCAACCCAAUCUUACAAAUUUUACUACACAGUUGCACCCCCAACAAUCUCCGUCAACAAUGCAGAGUACAAGUGGACAAACUGAAAAGAAACCCUAUGAAUGCACUCUUUGUAAUAAAACCUUCACUGCAAAACAAAACUAUGUGAAGCACAUGUUUGUCCAUACAGGAGAGAAGCCACAUCAGUGCAGCAUUUGUUGGCGAUCUUUUUCACUGAAGGAUUAUCUGAUUAAACACAUGGUAACACACACUGGUGUGAGAGCCUAUCAGUGUAAUAUCUGCAACAAGCGAUUCACCCAAAAGAGCUCCCUCAAUGUUCACAUGCGACUUCACCGUGGUGAAAAAUCGUAUGAGUGCUACGUCUGCAAAAAGAAGUUCUCCCACAAGACCCUACUGGAGAGGCACAUGGCACUCCAUGGCACUGGUUGCUCUGAGGUGACUACAUAUGUCUGCUCUGUCUGCCCAGCCAAGUUCGACCAAAUCGAACAGUUCAACGACCAUAUGAGAAUGCACGUUUCUGAUGGUUAA